CUCAAGCCGAUGCGCCAUGGCGCGGGGCUGCCAGGCCCGCCCACUCACUGUCACACCACCACAUACCUACGUAUCAGAUGUUGAGGCCCCCACGGGCAUCUCGGCGGCCUGGCUUCUCGCGCUCGCCGGCCUUCGCCCCACUUGCGGCGCGCUGGCUGAAGCCCGUGGCCGACCACGCGCCGUCCGCGCCGCCGAGGCUGGAGCCCGUGGCCAGCCACGCGCCGUCCGCAUGGUCGAGACGCCAGGACUCCAACUCGACUGCGCGGCGUGGCCGCGGCGCGGCGGCGGCGGCCACGCCGGCGGAGUGCACCCUCCCGCAGAGAGAGAGAGAGAGAAAGAGAGAGAGAAAGAGAGAGAGAGAGAGAGAGCGGCUGCUGCACGCCGCUGGGGGACACCGCGUCCGCCUGGUCGUUCUCGACGACGACGGCCCACGGUGCCUGGUCCUCCGGCAUCAACUUUGUCCGCUUCGACUUCGCGAACGAUUAUUCUUGUGGUGGCAGCACCGAAGUCCGGCAGGAGGGGGCGGCUGUCCCUCUGGCUGACGCGUCGCCCAUCGACCUGGCCCUCACGAUGGCGGGCGCAGCCGAGGCCCAUUACGAGAAGUUCGAACUAUGUACGUGGACAACGUGCUAGAGGUCACCGUGCAGGCUACCGACGGCCAAGGCGGUAGUGCCUGCCAGGACACCACUUGCAUCAUGUGCGAUGUCAACAUGCCUGCGAGAACGUUCUCGCUGACACCUGGGACGCACGAGAUCCGGGUCGAGAUUGAUUCCGUAGGCGGGAUGUAUCACCAGGACGCGUAUUUCCAGAUCAACAUCGCAAAGGACGCCCCCGUGUGUGGCGACUGCACCUGCUCUCCAACUCCGACCCCCUCCCCGACGGCGUUCCCGACGUCGGCGCCCACUGCAGCCCCGACGGCGGUCCCUACUCCAGCCCCGACGGCGUUCCCGACGGCGACGCCUACUACAUCCCCGACGGCGGCGCCUACUCCAGCCCCGACGGCGUUCCCCGCGGCGGCGCCUACUAGUGCCCCGACGGCAGUCCCGACGGCCACCCCGACGUCAACGCCUACUCCUGUCCCGGCGAUGGGCCCUAACAUCGUGUCGGGCAAGGGGGGCCCGCACAUGAGCAACUUCCUGGGCCACCACUUCGACGUGCUCCAGCCGGGCAGGCACGUGCUGCUGCACGUCCCGAUGUGGGCGAAGCAGGGCCAGACGCAGCUGAAGGUGGCGGCGAGCGCCGCGCGCAUCGGGGGGGCCUGCGCGGACAUUUACUUCACGGAGAUCGCGCUGGAGGGCGGCUGGGUGCGGAGGUCCAGGGCCCACCACGGCAGGGGCGCCUUGGCGUUCACCACGACGGAGGCGCCCAGUCCCUCCUGGAUGAAGGUCGGGCCCGCGCGGAUCAAGGUCGUGCGCGGGGGGGCUUCCACCGGGGCGGUCUACCUCAACAUCAUGGCGAGGCUCAAGGAGGUGGUGCAGAAGUACAGGGUCGGGGGCCCCCCGGGCGAGGGGGGCCGCACCUUUGCCGCGGCGCCCACGAAGAGUUGCCGCGAGCUCAUCGACCUCUGAGACUGCGCACGCCUAGUGAUCUCCACCACCACCACCACAGAGCCAAGCAUCCGGAAGAACGCGUAGGCAGAAGAGCGCGCAAUUGGCAACCCUUCGGGAAUUACUACACUAGAAAUGGAAGACGGAACGAAUCACGUCUGUGACGCAGGAA